UUCCCCAUUUCGUCGCUUUGUUUUCAUUGAAGCUCUUUUGAUCAUGGCUGCUCAUUCUGCUGAAGAACCCUUCCCUUUCCACGGGCUGCUCCCCAAAAAAGAGACCGGCGCCGCGUCUUUUCUUACCCGGUUCCCGGAGCACGAUGGCAGGGGGGUGCUCAUUGCUAUCCUUGACACCGGUGUUGACCCCGGGGCCCCCGGUAUGCAGGUCACCACCGAGGGAAAGCCAAAGAUCAUUGAUAUCAUUGACACGACGGGCAGCGGUGAUGUAAACAUGAGCACAGUGGCAGAGCCUAAAGAAGGGACAAUCACCAGCCUCUCUGGAAGAACACUCAAGAUUCCACCUGCCUGGGUCAAUCCAACAGGGAAAUACCACAUUGGAGUUAAAAAUGGCUACGAGUUCUUCCCUAAGGCACUCAAAGAAAGGAUACAGAAAGAGCGGAAGGAGAAACAGUGGGAUCCAGCACACAGGGCAGCACUCGCAGAAGUCUCUCGUAAGACUGAAGAAUUUGACCUCUCACAUCCCUCACCCUCUCAGAUGGAGAAGCUGCAGAAGGAGGAAUUACAGAGUCAGUCAGAGCUGUUAGCAACAUUAGAAAAGAAGUACAGUGAUCCAGGUCCAGUCUAUGACUGUGUGCUUUGGCAUGAUGGCACAACAUGGAGGGCUGUAGUUGACACCUCAGAGUGUGGAGAUCUGUCCCAGUGCACAGUGCUGACGUCCUACAAAGAGAACCAGGACUAUGCAACAUUAGGCAAUGCUGAGAUGCUCAACUACUCUGUAAAUAUUUAUGAUGAGGGAAACACACUCUGCAUCGUCACAAGUGGAGGGGCCCAUGGAACACAUGUAGCAAGUAUUGCAGCGGGCUACUUUCCAGAUGAACCUGAACGCAAUGGUGUGGCGCCCGGUGCUCAGAUUCUCGCCAUAAAGAUUGGUGACACUCGCCUUAGCACAAUGGAAACAGGCACAGGACUCAUCCGUGCGAUGAUUGAAGUAAUCAAUUAUAAAUGUGAUCUAGUCAACUAUAGCUACGGAGAAGCCACCCACUGGCCUAAUUCAGGGAGGAUAUGCGAGGUGAUCACAGAGGCUGUACAAAAGCACAAUGUAAUUUUUGUUUCAAGUGCUGGAAAUAAUGGCCCUUGUCUUUCAACGGUUGGCUGCCCAGGAGGAACUACAAGUAGUGUUAUUGGUGUUGGUGCCUAUGUGACCCCCGACAUGAUGGUGGCUGAGUAUUCUCUGAGGGAAAAGCUGCCUCCAAACCAGUACACGUGGUCCUCCAGAGGCCCCUGCACAGAUGGGGCACUCGGGGUCAGCAUCAGCGCUCCCGGUGGUGCGAUUGCAUCAGUGCCAAACUGGACUCUUCGGGGAACCCAACUGAUGAAUGGCACAUCUAUGUCAUCCCCAAAUGCGUGUGGAGGCAUUGCACUCGUCCUCUCAGGUCUGAAGCAGAACAGAAUUCUUCCCUCGGCACCAGCUGUGAGGAGAGCGCUCGAGAACACAGCCAUUAAAGUGGAUGACAUUGAGAUGUUUGCACAAGGUCAUGGGAUUAUCCAGGUGGACAGAGCGUUAGACUACCUCACUCAACAUGCCUCAUUACCCACAAGCCACCUGGGCUUUACGGUGUCUGUGGGCUCACAGAGAGGCAUCUACCUCAGGGAUCCGUCCCAAGUUCUUGUUCCUUCUGAUCAUGGAGUAGGAAUUGAACCCAUCUUCCCAGAAAACACAGACAAUUCAGAGCGCAUCUCCCUUCAGUUGCACUUGGCCCUCACAUGCACUGCCCCCUGGGUGCAGUGUCCUUCCCAUUUAGAGUUAAUGAAUCAGUGUCGCCAUGUAAAUGUCCGCAUAGACCCAGUGGGGCUGAGAGAAGGAGUGCACUACACAGAGGUCUGUGGCUAUGACACUGCAGCACCCACCUGUGGUCCCCUGUUUAGAGUCCCUAUUACAGUCGUUAUCCCAACUAAGGUGCCAGAGAGUCGUAAUCAGGAGGUGUGUUUCACAGACGUCCAUUUCAGACCAGGCCAAAUCAGACGCCAUUUUAUCACUGUACCUCAGGGAGCCUCCUGGGCAGAGAUCACGCUGACCUCUCAUUCAGGAGACGUAUCUUCAAAGUUUGUUCUCCAUGCAGUGCAUCUAGUCAAGCAGAGGGCAUACAGAGCCAAUGAAUUUUACAAGUUUUCCUCUCUAUUAGAAAAAGGUUCAUUAACUGAAGCUUUUCCAGUGCUGUCAGGUAAAAUAGUGGAGUUGUGUAUCGCGCGCUGGUGGGCGAGCCUUGGAGACGUGACUGUGGACUACAACAUCUCAUUUCAUGGUCUCAGCACAUCACCUUCACCUUUGCACUUACAUGCCUCUGAGGGGGUGACAAGUUUUGAGGUUUUCUCUCCUCUGCGGUAUGAAGAGGUGGCUCCAACUAUCACCCUUAAAUCAUGGGUGCAGCCUCUCAGGCCCGUGACUUCAAAGAUCAAGGCCUUAGGAGAGAGGGAUGUUCUUCCAAACAACAGACAACUCUAUGAGAUAGUUCUUAACUAUAAUUUUCACCAGCCCAAAAGUGGUGAGGUGACCCCGAGCUGCCCUACCUUGUGUGAGCUGUUGUACGAGUCUGAGUUUGACAGUCAGCUGUGGAUGCUCUUCGAUCAGAACAAGAGAUUGCUGGGCUCCGGUGAUGCAUACCCACACCAGUACUCUCUGAAGCUGGAGAAGGGCGACUACACGGUGAGGCUGCAGGUCCGUCAUGAACAGUCCAGUGAACUUGAGCGACUCAAAGAUCUGCCCUUUGUCGUGUCCCAUCGCCUCUCCACCACACUCAGUUUGGACAUCUAUGAAAGCCACCGGGGGGCACUCAUGGCAAAGAAGAAAGCAAACUCUCUCACCCUGUGCCCAGGAGCCACACAGCCCUUCUACAUCACUUCUCUGCCUGAUGACAAGAUCCCCAAAGGAACAAGUCCAGGCUGUUACCUUUCAGGAUCUCUGGUUGUUCCCAAAAGUGAAUAUGGAAAGAAAGCAGGGCAGGCCUCUGCAAAACGACAAGGAAAGUUUAAAAAGGACAUAGUGCCAGUUGUGUACCACCUCAUCCCUGCUCCAAACAAAUCAAAGAACGGAGGAAAGGAGAAAGAAAAGGAUGCAGACAAAGAGAAGGAUGUGAAGGAUGAGUUUGCAGAAGCUUUGAGAGACCUGAAGAUUCAGUGGAUGACAAAGUUGGAUUCUAACUCAAUUUAUGAUGAACUGAUGGAAAACUACUCAGAAUAUCUUCCCUUGCAUGUUCAAAGACUGCAUCAGCUGGACUCUGAAAAGGAGCGUGCUAAACGUCUCAAAGAGGUCGUGUCCGCAGCGGACAUUGUCAUCUCACGCAUUGAUCAAACGGCUUUGGCUGUUUAUCUCACCAUGAAGACAGACCCCCGGCCAGACGCGGCCUCCAUUAAAAGUGACAUGGAGAAGCAGAAGUCUUCUCUGUUGGAUGCCCUGUGCAGAAAAGGCUGUGCAUUGGCAGAUCAGCUCCUCCUGCCCCUCUCUCAAGAUGGAGCAGCUGCAGGACAGACCCCAGGGGAAGAGGGGGGAGAUCCAGCCCCCAGUAGCUCAGACGACACAACACAGGCCAUCACCAAAGCCCUGUCUGACACCUUCUGGGAGGUACAGAAGUGGGCAGAGCUCACGGACUCCAAGGUCUUGAUGUUUUCGUACAAACAUGCCCUGGCGAACAAGAUGUACGGUAGAGCCCUGAAGUUUGCCACAAAGAUGGGAGAGGAGAAGCCAAGCAAAGAAAACAUGAAAAACUGUAUUCAGCUCAUGAAAAACCUCAGAUGGACCCAUUGCGCCACCUACAGUGAGAACUGGCUCCCUGUCAUGUAUCCUGCAGACUACACCCCUUUUUAAACACAUCUCUGUCCACACACAGCAUCAGCAUGGCCCUCCACCACUCUGAGACUUAAGUCCUCAGGGUCACGUAGUUUUUAAAUUUUUUUCAGACUUUUACCAAGAAAGUUUACUCUGAAUGUUCACGCCAUUAACAGUUAAGGGAAUGCAGUUUAUUUUUUGUAGUUUUUCAGAAUGGGACAAUAGUGGUCUGUUAUGAGUAGCACAGCAGGCAUUGCAUUUCUGCCUUGGCUCCAACGUAAAUGCCAGCAACGCAACGAAAACUUUUCAAUCGUCACCUUUUGAUGCUAAGGAAAUUCUUACACUGCUUUUUUUAGUGUCAUGAGCACAUUCAAGUCUUCUGACCUACCUAUUGUCAUAUCAUAAAUGUAAUUUUAUGUUUAUUAUCAAUGUCCAAUCAGUGAUAUCAGUUGAAAACAUGGUGCUGUCUGAAUUUGGGACUUUUUAAACAAUCAGACUUGUACAGACACCAUGCCCUGUAGUACACACAGGUUAUAGCAGACUUGCAUAUCUUUUGUUUUUAUCUUUUUUUUUUUUUCUUUUAAUUAGAUCUGUAUGUAAGCUCAUGUUAAAUGUGCACUAUGUAACUUUUCUGGAGAAGGGUCCGCCACCUUCUUGUCUCUGACUUCUAGAGAUGUUAUAGCAUUACCUGGUUUGUUCCACAGUAUGACAGCAUCUUAAAUUCAUCUUUAUCCAUGAAGACAAGCAAGUGACGAUUUACAGGCCAGUUCUGUGGACGAUUGCAUGGUUUUGAAGCUAUUUUUGAGCAGUUGAAAGAUCCUGUAAUUCCUGUUAAGAGCUCCAUGGAUAGAUGGUGGCAGACCCUCUACCAGAAAAGUUACUUGGUGCACCUUUUAAGUGUAUGCCAUUUUCAGCUCAAACUCAGAUCCAAAACACAACUGUAUUGAGGUGCCUUGUACUCGUACCUUACGGUCUUUUUUGGGGUGUAAAGUUUUGAUUUUUGCACUGCGAAAACGUAGCAGAAAUCGCUGGCUUCACCCAAAUCUUUUCUCACAAACCUCACUUUAACAGACAAUGCAGCUGCCUUUACUCUCAUAUUUCACUGUAAAUUAUUCAGUGUGUUAUUUCUGCAACUUGUACACAGUGUCAAAUUGUACAUACACGUAACGUACAAUUAUUAAAAUGCAAUAGCUAUAUAGUCAGAUGUUCUAAUAGAUGUAUUUUGCAUAUAUGCAUGUCGUCUAGAAUCAAGGCAUUUUAUUUGGACACAUUUUAUCUUAUUUUACAAUUUAUAAUCCCUAUUACAGUAAUAUUAUACCUAUUAUAUGAUGUUGACGAGUGUGUCUGUGAAUGGUUGUUUGUACUUUAUUUUAUGUAGUUGAACUUUUUGAAACAACAGAAGCCAUUUAAUUAGGUAGACAUGUGGCCCAUAAUGUAUUUCAAUAUGCCCUUAAUACUGGACUCAUAAAGGCAUCAAAGCAGACCUGAUCUUCACUGUGAUGGUUAUUGUCAGCCAUUACUGUGUCCUGGAAUAUUGGAAAUCAUAGCCAAUAGGUCCUCUUUGAAAAUGGGCAUUGAAAUUUCUUAGUAUUUUACUGUGGCUCUGGCAUUCACAAAUUAAUUAAGUGUGUGUUAUUUAAUUGUUAGGAAAAUCAAGUGAGUUGCUUUUGGUCAAUGCGUUUUUAAGAAUCCGACUGCAUUCACAACAACCUGUACAGUAAAAUGCAAGUGACAUAACAUAAUAUCUUUUAAUUAGUGUUUAGAUAUUAUUCAGUUACAUACUGUACAGGUUUCAAGAGACUAUGACUAUUAUAGAAAUGUAAACCAAUGGACUAAAAUGAUGCAAGAAGCAGGAAAGAACUCUCCACUAAAUCCUCCUUAAAUACAUUACUGUUGAUAUCGCCGUCUUUAGUUACCCUUUGCAUAGUGAAGUGCAUUGACCACAUGUUUGACAGUCUUUCUGGCUGUUAGGUGGAAGUGUAACCUGGGAAUGUAGAGGUGGCUGGUCUUGAGUGCAGGGCUCUGUGUCUCUGGUGAGUUCGUGUUCUUUUUUGAGACUUGGAGCUUUACUAUCACAUCACACGUUUUCCCCGUGGGGUUGCGGACCUGCUGCACUUCUGUUUUUAAAGCUUUGACUGUCUGCACUUUGUCGGCUCAGGCUUUCCCUCAUUUAAUUUUUAAUGUUGAUUUUCAUGUCAUGGCCUCAUAUGCAUUGCAGGUGUGUUUGAGCCUUGAUUUAGUAUCCAUGCCAACCAUUCUCCAAUGGCCUUAACUUUCAACUAUACCGUCCAUUUUAUAGUUUUACAUCUCUCUCACUUUGCUGGUAUCAGGAAAAAAGUUGAGUGACUUUAAAAGUAAAAAUGCCAAGAUUUUACAAUAUUUAUGUUAUAUAAAAUUGUAUGUAUGCAUUUAGUAUUUUAUACCCAGAAAAUCUUCCCUGGGUGAUGGAGUGAAAGCUCCAGCCACUGUCACAUUUUGUGAUCUCAAGACUUGCGUCAAAACAAUGAAACAACACUUAAUAAAUGACUAGGAAAAAAAAAAAAAAA